AUGGCGCCGGCAGACGAGUACUCAGUACCUCAAGAAGCGAAACAGCUCUUGUUGCAAGGAAUCAUUGACAACCCACUUCACGCUUUGGCGCCGGAUGACAUCGAGGCUGCAGCUUUGAUGAUCGAAUAUGUCGGUACACACUUUCCAGUUAUCCCGAUCAACUGGCGUUUUGCGGAGAGCAUUUCUGCUAUCAAGGGAUUUCAGGGGGCGAUGCUUAAUGUGCUGUUGAAGGAGAAGUAUGGACUUGAUUUUCAAAAAAUCGUUAUCGACACCGACCAUGCGCAGCUCUUUAUUAUGUCAAUGAUUUUGCCCGUCAUCGAUCCGCACGGAGCGCAAGUACGGCCCAGCGAUCCAAGGUUCUAUCAAUAUUUCCCGAAAUGCGACAAGCACGAGAUCGGUCUUGACAAUGCCUGCACGAGCAUCUACAAGACGAAGGAUGGUCGUUUUUAUCAUUUGCACGGUUCGUUCAACAUAUCCACCAUUAUUCAUGACGUGUUAGAUAUCCCCCUUGACGCACGUCCAGCCAGCGUCAGCGAGGCGGGCGAAAUAUAUCAGGAGAAAGUAUCGAAAUAUGAUGCAGCGGAAAUCGAGAACUUGAUGAAUGAUAAAUACCGACAGGCGGGUACCACAUGCUGGUCUAUGGAAGAAUACAAAUCUAGCGAGCACGGAAAAGCAAAUGCGCACGUCGGACUCUAUGAAAUUCAUUACGUCCCAAAUCCCAAGCAAGCGCCGAGGUGGUGGACGAAUGUCGAAGGCAAAACUAGCGCAGCUAGGCCUCUUUUUGGGUUGAAGAUAGUCGACCUUACUCGGAUUGUUGCGUCUCCUGCCGUGACGAGGGAGCUCGCUGAGCUCGGCGCUAGCGUUAUGAGGAUUACUUCUCCUAAUAUUACGGACUUUACGGUCUUGAAUUUGGAUAUGGGGUGGGGGAAGUGGAACGCCCAUUUGGACUUGACCAAGGAAGAGGAUCGGAAGGUUUUGAGGUCCCUGAUUGAGGAGUGUGAUGUUGUAGUUGAUGGGUAUCGGCCUGGUGUGAUGAAGAAAUGGGGUUUUGGGAAGGAGGAGAUUUUGGGAUUUUUUGCUGAGAAGGAUCGUGGUGUUAUUUAUGCCCAGGAGAAUUGUUAUGGAUGGAAUGGGCCGUGGUCAUAUCGUUCCGGGUGGCAACAAAUAAGCGACGCAAACUGCGGUGUUUCCCUUGAAUUUGGUAGAGCGAUGGGCAACGACGAGGCCGUCACACCCGUCUUUCCCAACUCUGAUUUCUGCACGGGCGCAGCAGGCGCAACAGGAAUUCUGCAAGCCUUAAUAGCGAGAUCCAAGACGGGAGGAUCCUACGUUGUCGAUAUUGCGUUGAACUAUUAUUCUCAAUGGCUCAUCAACUCCUGCUCGACCUACUCUCCCGAGGUUUGGGAUAAACUGUGGUCCAAUUACGGUCGUCCCGUUUUUCGCCACUACGAUAACAUGGGGGUUACCAUCCCUAAAUAUAUGGAGAUGCUCAUGGGCAAGAAGGCCCCCAUUUUCGAUCCCAAGUUUUUUGAAAAUCGAGAGAAUAAGGCGCUGGGUGUGCCGGUCAAGACGGUCAAGCCGAUUUUGGUGUUCCCGGAUCAGGUUGUACGGCUGGAGUAUAAUGUGGGGAGCAGAGGGAAUGGGGUUGAUCAGCCGAAAUGGCCAGAGGACCUGCUUACCGAAAUUGUUGUGUAA